AUGGGUCUCGAGCAUAACAGCGAGCUGUCGGCGGGUCUGCCAACCAUGGCGCCGUCAUUCGGCAAAUCUCCUCCCUCCACCCUCCCUUCCUCCUCCUUCCUCCAAUCCCAAUCCGACGACCUUCCAGCGCUGAGCAGUGCCGAAUCGAGCUCAUCGCCCUCGUCGUCCUCCUCCUGUACCACCUCUCCUUCGCUGACGAGCACGCAACUGCGCACGCUCCUCGCAUCCUCCAUGUCGUCCAUGUAUCGCACCGAGGUCCCCCUCUACGGCGACCUCCUCUCGAUCAUCUCCACCGUCAACUCCUCCAUCAUCUCCCGCGACCCGACUCUGAUCAGUGACGACGAGAUCUCGCGUCUCUCUGUCGAGCGUCAUGGCGCAAUUCGCGUCGGAACCGCCUCGGAGCUCACACUCCUGUCUCGAAUCUUUCGCAUCUUUGGCAUGCACCCCGUGGGAUACUACGAUCUGUGGAAGGAUGCGCGGCUGCCCAUUCACGCAACCGCUUUUCGACCCGUCACCGCGCAAGGUUUGCUCAAAAACCCCUUCCGCGUCUUCUGCAGUCUGUUGCGGAUGCAUCUCAUUGCCAACCCUUCCACGAGGCGGUUGGCGGAGGAGCUCCUGGGGAAGCGAAAGAUCGUUUCCACCCGAUGUAUCGAGCUGCUCCACAAGGCCGAAGAGUCGACCGUUGGAUCGGAGGGAGAGGUGAACGGGUUGACACGGGACGAAGCGGUGGAGUUCGUCGAGUGCGUAGUCCCCAUCUUUGCCUGGCACCCCACAUCCCCUGCUACAGUCGACGAAUAUGAUCGACUCGCAAAGACCCAUCCGUUGGUGGCGGAUAUCGUCAGCUUCCGCGGCCCGCACAUUAAUCAUCUCACCCCGAGGACGCUUGAUAUCGACGCGGUGCAACGGGCCAUGGUGGAGCAGGGGAUGGAUGCGAAGGACGUGGUAGAGGGCCCUCCGAAAAGGGACUGGGCAGUGCUGCUCAGACAGACGAGCUUUCAUGCGUUGUCCGAGGCGGUGGUGUUUGAUGGUGAGGUGGAGGGGAAACACAAGGCGAGGUUCGGGGAGAUCGAGGCGAGAGGCAUGGCGCUGACGAGGAAGGGGGCGAGACUGUACGACGAGCUGAUGGUGAAGGUGGGCGAGGUGAAGAGGGAGAUGGAGACGAGCGGGGAAAGGGUGGACAAGGAGCAGUGUGGGGGGAUCCUGGAGAAGGUCUUCAGGGAUGGGUUCCCGGAUACGAGGGAUGCGUUGCUGAGGCAGGGGCUCGGAUGGUGGGCCUUCGAGGUGCGCGAUGCUCGCAAGGCAAAGGCCAUGUGGCAAGACAGGAAGGAGAACGUAUGUGGGUGGUUAGCCGAUCUGGUCGAUGCAGGAGCGUUAGAUGCCGAGCCAAUCACAUACGAGGACUUCCUCCCCGCUUCCGCGGCUGGUAUCUUCCAGAGCAACCUCCCUCAAGCCACCCAGUCUCAAGCAGGCGAGGCGAUGGCAGAGGUCGACGAAGCAGAGGCGAGGAAGCGGCUGGAGCUCGCGGUGGGCGGCAUCAUUCUGGACUACUCCACGCUCUACAGCGAGCAACAGAGGCAGAGUCUGGUCGAGGUGGGCGAGGUGCUCAGGGUCGACGUGGACGAGAUCGUCGAGGCGAUAGAGCGACAGUGCGCUUGA